AUGUUGCCGGUGUCGGUGAAGAGGACGUCGAGAUCGGUGUUUCGGAUCUCGUCGAUCCAGGGGCUGGGUGCGACGGUGCCGCUGUGCUCCACUGCGACGGCGGCAGAGGCGAGGGACGGUGGCGGAGACAAGGGGGCGGGAUCGUCGCCGGGAAGGGACUUUGGUUUGUUCCUGAAGGCGGUUGGCGGGAUCGCGGCCUGCGGCUCGGGGUUGGGCCUGUGGUAUGCGUCGUCCAACUCGUCCACCUUCUCGUCAUCCGUGCCGUCGCAGCCGGAGACGUUGGGUGUGGAAGUAGCAUUUGGUCGUGACUCUCGGGCAGAUCUGGAGGAGGGAGCGCCGCGUAAGGCAGAAGCCGGGCGUGGGAAGAAGAUUAGAUAUCUAUUUGGAGGUUGGUAUUUUUUUCUUAAAUUUUCGCUAUUUCCUCUAGUUUUGUGAUGAUUUCCCCUCCUGAAUUCUUUCUGAGCGCUGUGGUUUCCACUGUGAAUGCACAAGUAUCAUCGACAUCCUGCCUAAUGAUAUAUAUCGCACUGUGGAAAUUAUUUUACUGAUGAGAAUUAAAAUGCAGAUUUUUUGUGAAUAUUUUUUUUCUGAACUGUGAAAAGUUUCAUGUGUUGUUUGCAUGGCCACAUAUGCCAAACCACAAAGUGACGAAUCUUUAGUCUUCUACCUCCUGAUGGGGGCUGAAGGAUCAGGGCAUCAGUUCUGACGUUGUUGUCCAAACAGAAAAUGGGCAUGCUGUUCAAACCAUUUUAACGUAGAAGAAAAAAAUAAAUGGAAGCAAUUGAACCAGAAACGAGAGAACGACAAAUCAUGACAAGAAAUGGAAAUGCACAGAAACAAUGGUUUCAGUGGGAAGAAACCUGUUCUAUGGGAAAGAGGGAAAUGCGUUGCUAUGUAGAAGGAUUGCUUAAGAGAACUAUAAUGCUUGAUUUUAUGUGUUGUUGUUUGAAAGCCCUAUCCUGAACCGUUAGAACUUACAAAACGAGUUCUGUAUUCUCAUGACAUAAUUUUCUUGGAAAUAGACUAUUUUUGUGGAUUGGCUCUGUUCCGAGAGAUUAUAAGAAGCGAGUAGGUCAACUGUUGAUAUUAAACGGUUUGAAAGUUUAUUUUUUUGGUACUUAUGCUCCUUCUUUUUAUUGCAGACGCAUAUAGAAGAAGGGUCUUUUUCAACUACGAGAAGCGGAUAAGGAUGCUGAGCCCUCCUGAGAAGGUUUCAUUAGGCUACAACGUUUACAUUGUAUUCUUGCUCCGAAAGUUUUAUUGUUUGAAUUUUAAAAUCAAAAGAAAUGCUCUAGCAUUAAGUAUAAAGGUUGAGAAAUAAUUGAUUAUGCUGCUGGGCAUUGGUUUUCCGUAAAAAGUGAAUCCACGUUCAAAUGAAGUCACACCUUCACAUAAAAUCUAGCCUCUCUGGUAUUUUUAAAAAUCUAUGGAUUAUGGUUUUAAAAAUUUAUGGAUUAUGAUUUGAAGAAGUCUGUUGGGUCAAUUCACAGUCACAUGAGUUCUGGAAUGCUGUGGACAUAAAUAUGCGAAUCAUUUAAUAUUCAUGAAAUCCGACUCUUUAACAAUUUCCUUCUUGUGGCAAUCCUCAGCCUGGUAAUUGCUCAAUUUUCAAGUGAGGAAACCUAAUAGUCAGUAUUGAAAGUCCAGGAUACAUAUUAAUAACCGUAAAAAAUCAGCACUUCAGUUAUGAAAGUUGGACACCUGCCACCUAAUGGAGUCUGCCCAGAACAAUCCUAGAUCUAGGGAUGUAUGGCAGACCUCUCAUCAAUGUUGGUCAACUGACUUAUUUUAAUAUGAAAGUUGGCGAUUUCAUACCACAACUUUUGACACCAAGGUGAGAUAGGCUGUGACCUGUUGACUUACUAGUUGGACUAGCAACCAUGUAUGCUGCUGGAGAGAGGAAUAAUUUUACUUAACCUGCUGAAAUUUAUGAUCGGUUUUCUUCACUAAAUAUUGAUGUCUAAGAGCUAAUGAAUUAAAUCUCAAUUUAUUUUUGGUCACAUUCAUAAAUAAUUGUCACAUUUAAGUUGGAUUUUUUCAGGAAUGAAUAUCAAAUACUUCAUCUCACUUUAUUUUAAUACACUAGCUCUUAGACAUAAGUAUGAGAGAGCAUCUUGCAGAGAAAGAGAGGUUUAAGAUGCAUUUGUGAGUGUUGCAUUAUUACUCGUUUAAAAACUUAGUAACUCUGUUUGUAUCCUGUUUGUUUGAUAAUCUCUUUUACAUCAGUAUAGAUUCCUGAUUACAUUAUUUUAUCAAAUCCAAAACUCAAAAAUAUAUUUCCGUUUGAGAUAAUAUUUAGAGUAAUACGUAUUCUCAUCAUUUAUUUGUGAAUGAACAUUUUGUGGCUAGAGUUUUGAAGCUUCUUAAAAAGAAACUCUACCUUGAUAUGAUUAUUUGGUCAAUAAUGAUUGAAAAAUGUUUGCAUACAUUUUUAUAUCCCAUUCUGGAUAGUUACGUUUAUCAGAGCCCAUGGGCUAAAUUGCACACAUGGUGAUGCUUUUUUGAGCCAUUUAUCCCAAUGGUUUCUAUUUAUACGACGUUUCGGGUUCCCUAAGAUUUACUAUUUUUGUUCUCUUCGUCUGCUCUUGUUUUAGGUGUUCGAAUAUUUUGCAACUUUCUGCACACCCGAAGGAGAUGUGCUCAUGACCCCAGGAGAUCUAAUGAGAGCAGUUGUCCCUGUAUUUCCCCCAUCAGAGUCUGGUCUCGUGAGAGAAGGGUAUCUAAGGGGCGAGCCUCAACCUGGAGAGUUGCAUUGUGCCCCGUCAGAGUUCUUCAUGCUUUUUGAUACGAACAGCGAUGGGCUCAUAUCGUUCCCAGAGUAAGCUUCCAGCCAGAGCUUCUUGUCAUGUUUGUUGGACGUUCGGCAUUUGACCGUAAACUUCUCCUUUUGCCUUCAAACAGGUACAUCUUCUUCGUCACAUUGCUUAGCAUUCCCGAAUCAAGCUUCUCGGUUGCAUUCAAAAUGUUUGAUGUUGAUAAUAAUGGGUACGUACUUCUUUCAAGACUUGAACUCUUUUUAAACACAAUGCUAUCAUUCAGUAUCAUAAUGCCAUAUAUUUCAACAACAAGGAAUAUCUGUUCAUAAAAAAUUAAAAAUAAAAAGCUGAUUCUAUGAUUCAUCAGAUGUCUGCCAACUUGCUUAAUCAUUGUCUACAUGCUCAAGAUUGAGGCCCUGGGCUCGUAAAUUUCCGGGCUUACUUGUUUUGGAGGGAGUGGGGAGGGGGAGGUGAAUGGUUGGGAAUUCUCUCUACUGCAUUUAUAUAUGGGGCUCAAGAGAAACGGCAUUUAUUUGGGUAAAUAAAUGUGGAUGGAACUUACAUCUGAUGAUGAUAAUUAAUUAGUUGGGGGCAUGAGUGCCGACCCAUUUUUUUCUAUAGGUUGUUCUCGUAUGGAAUUUGCUUUAUGGCCGCUUGGAAUCUGUGCUCUGUUGUUCAUUACCCGCGCUCUCUUCAGCCUCUAGGAGCCAUCCAGUCAACGCUGCCAGCAGCACCCUCAAUCACCACCAUCUCUUGUUUAUUAAUGGCGGAGGUAGCCCCUGGAUUGCGCGUGGCUCAGCCGUUGUCUCCCCCCAUGGCUGACUUUCCUCUUCUUCAUCUCAUCUCCCCCCCUUGCAGGGAAAUAGACAAGGAGGAGUUCAAGAAGGUGAUGACCCUGAUGCGGUCUUAUAAUCGGCAGGGGGCCUCCCACAAUGAUGGCCUCCGCACCGGGCUCAGGAGUGGGAGGCCUGUUGAGGAUGGCGGCCUCGUGGAGUACUUCUUUGGCAAGGACGGCUCUCGCCACCUCAAACAUGACAAGUUUGUUCAAUUCCUCAGAGAUCUCCAUGAAGAGGUUUGGGGCGUUGACUUUAUGUUCUCCUUCUUCUUCUCCUCCAUGGUUAGUGUUGAUUCUUGUGGUUGAUGAUAGGUGGAUUUAUUUGGGGGUAUGCUAUAUUGAGGGGGGGGGGGUUGAAUUUCUUCUUCUUCUUCUUCUUCUUCUUCUUCUUCUUCUUCUUCUUCUUCAUGGUCAGUGUUGAUUGUUGUGGUUGAUGAUGGGUUGACUUAUUUAGGGUGUGCUAUGUUUUGGGUGUUGACUUUCUGUUCUUCUUUCGGGUCAGUGUUGAUUGCUGUGGUUGAUAAUUGGUUGACUUAUUUUGGGUCGUGCUACAUUGUGACAGAUCAUCAGGCUGGAGUUUGCUCACUACGACUGCAAGUCAAAGGGAACGAUCUCCGCCAAGGACUUUGCCUUCUCCAUGGUCGCCGCUGCCGAGAUCGGCCACAUGAACAGGUUCCUUGAUCGGGUGGAGCAGCUUGACGACUGCUCUCAUCUCAGAGACGUCCGCAUCACCUUCGAGGUCAACCUCCCGCCGCCCCACCCCCAGCCGCCACCACCUUCCCUUUUCUGACCCCAGCAGCCGCUGACCUUUCUGCUUUGCAGGAAUUCAAGGCCUUUGCAGAUCUGCGUGAGCGGCUGCAGAAGCUGGAGCUGGCCCUCUUCGGUUACGGGAAAGUCAACGGCCUGCUGACCAAAGGGGACUUCCAGAGAGCCGCCUCCAACGUACGUGCGCUUAACCACCGCCUCUUUGGUCAACGCCACGGCCCCAGCUGACUUCUUAUGUUGACUUUAUGUUGGAGCAGGUGUGCGGGGUCUUCUUGACGGACAACGUGGUUGACAUCAUAUUCCACGUCUUCGACGUCAACCGGGACAAGAAUCUGAGCUCGGAGGAGUUCCUGAGGGCGCUGCGCCGCCGCGAGAUGGAGGUCCGCCAGCCGACGUCCGCCUCCCGCUGGGUCAACGGCGCAGCCAGAACGUCCUCUCUCGCCCACAUGUUCCUCUAA